GUUGCAGUUCUUGUGAUGCCGUGGAAGGCUAUGUCAGAGGUGGCCGGCAGCUGGAUCUUCGGCAGCUUCUGUGACACCUGGAUAGCUUUUGACAUCAUGUGCUCCACCGCGUCUAUUCUCAAUCUUUGUAUAAUAAGUAUGGACAGAUAUUGGGCAAUUUCGAGCCCUUUCCGAUAUGAGCGUAAAAUGACCCAAAGAUUUGCUUUCGUUAUGAUUGGGGUGGCAUGGACUUUGUCCAUUUUGAUCUCUUUUAUUCCCGUUCAGCUCAAUUGGCACAAAGCAGAGGAGGAAAAUGCAACAAUGAACGAUACUAAUCAAAUAGAAGACUGUAACGCAAGCCUGAAUAGCACGUAUGCCAUAUCUUCCUCCUUGAUAAGUUUUUACAUACCAGUCGUCAUUAUGGUUGGCACUUAUACACGGAUCUAUCGUAUCGCGCAAACCCAGAUCCGGAGAAUCUCAUCAUUGGAGAGAGCCGUAGAACACGCACAGAACAACCAGCAAACAACAGAGCAAACAAACUCGUUAAAAACAACAUUUAAGAAGGAAACGAAAGUUUUAAAGACCCUCUCUAUCAUUAUGGGAGUGUUUGUAUUUUGCUGGUUGCCUUUUUUCGUGGUCAACUGUAUAGUACCUUUUUGCGACAUUAACAAUCUCGAUGAUCCCCUCUGCGUUAGUAACACCACGUUUAACAUUUUUGUGUGGUUUGGAUGGGCCAACUCAUCGUUGAACCCAGUCAUAUACGCAUUUAAUGCUGAUUUCAGAAAAGCGUUCUCCACUAUUCUGGGCUGCAAUAGAUACUGUUCUAAUUCUACCGUCGAAGCUGUCAAUUUCAGCAACGAGUUGGUAUCAUACCACCACGACACUACACUCCAGAAAGACGCAACCAUCACUGCCUCUGUGCAGUGUGCGCAACGCCUGCCCAUGGUCUCACAGGAUGAAGAUUUGGACUUACCAUUUGACAAAGUAUCAGUUAUCUCUGAUACUUCACGUAACCAAAGAAACCUUCUCCUGCCUGCAAUACUGAAUUUUGAAUGUGAAGCAGAAAUAUCAUUAGAUAUGAUUCCUUUCCCCUCAGCAGGGCCCAGUGAGUGUUAUGUGAUUCCAGGUCAAAUUGAGGAUUUGUGA